AUGACACAGAUAAAAAAGAAAGAGAUAGAGUUCAGGGCUUUACUAAAAGAUGAUGACCAGAAGAUGAGCUCGACAAGGAGAGUUCCCUUUCAGGCUCAACAGCAGCAGGCGACCGUAGAGAGGGCGACGGUAGACCGUGAAGGAGCGGGAAAGAAAACUAGGGUUGCAGAUGUUUCAGAGGCUGUUCGUCAGUUCGCUGAUGCGUUAAUGUUAUCUGGGGAGUCAGCAGUUGGAUCCUUUGCUGACAAGGCUCUUGCUGUGUUGUGCAUGGCUAGUGCUCGUAUGGAGCUAUCUAAUCGUGAGGAAAACCGUCAAAGCCUUCUUGUUCAAAGUCAGCUUGCAGUCUCAUUGCCGGACCGCAUCUCUGAGCAAAUAUGCAACAGUGCAGUUGAAAUGGCUAACAACCUUGGAGUAGAUGCUAUCUUCGUUUUCACAAAGCAUGGAUACAUGGCCUCUCUUCUAUCACGUAAUCGUCCAAAUCCUCCCAUAUUUGCCUUCACUGAUCACCCUGGCGCCAGGAAGUCUAUGAACUUGCUGUGGGGCGUCAUUCCAAUUGAACUUCCAUUCUCAGAAGAUAUAGAAGCUAGUAUCAAGAAAACAAUCAACCUUAUGAAGCUCAGGGGUUCGGUGAAACAUGGAGAUUUAGUCCUCGUAGUCUCUGAAUUGAGCUGCUCAUCCUCUGCCCCUUCUGUUAUCCAAUCAAUUCAGGUCAAGCACAUAUAGUUUGAAACUGAGUUUCAUGUCUUUCGGCUAAACAAAGUUUGUGCAAAUGUUUAUAUAAAAAGUAUGUUGUGAUUAACGUAAUAAUGUUAGUUCGCAUUGGAAUAAGAAGAAUUUAUUCUCUCA